CUUUUAUUUAGUUGUGAUUUAGCUGUCCUGUCUGUGUCGGCCGUCCCACGUGCCCUUUCCAUUUGCAGUUUUCCCUAAAUAUGUUUAAUGCAUGUCUCUUUUCAAAUUUCAGAUAGCGUCCCGAAGGCCAUCGCCUGGACAUUGGGCGACGCCCUGGAUAUAUUCCUCAACGAUGGCGAUGGUCCUGGUGCUGUCGUGGCCGGCGGCACUGUCUUCAUCGAUGGAGUAGAGCCUAGAGGUGGCGGAAGUGACAGCGAAGGACACUCUCCUGGCGUAUGGUUCGUGGCCCUCUUCGUCUUCUCUCUCAAAUACCCCACGGGCUCUCGGUCCACCUGGCGCUAUCUGUCGUAUCAUGUCUUGGGCGUCGGAAGCGCCCAAAGACAGAGUCAGACAGCGCUUCCACCGCUUCCAUGGUGAAGUCAUGAAGCACAUGCUGUUUCUCGCCGUGAGCGUGGCCCUGAAGGGUGGCGCCGGUGCGGCGGCCCGGUAAAGUACGGGUAGCCGCCGGAGUGGCGUUGUUUGCAGCUAGUCAAGAGACCGCGUUUCUUUCUUCUGGCAUACAGCCAGACCGCGUAACAUGGAAGGCAUGAUGUGGAAAACUGGUGUGAUAAUAUUUCCUGUCAUUCGUGUGUAAUGAGUUCAUGGAAAACUACGCUCGGAAAUGUUAUUUAGCGUUUUUUUUUUAAUAAAUGAUCUGGAAAUCAAACUUAUCUUUUUAAGCUUUGGUUGAGAGGCGCAACGGAAUACCGUAGGUACCUAUGGGUGGGGGGGGGGGGUGAGGGAAGGGGGUUAGUACCAGGCUAGUGAAUACCUGGUAUUUGGGUUGGUAAGCUCGCUGUAUUGACUUGGUACAGAUAUUGUACAUCAUAGUAUAAACCUUGCACAGACAUGAUAGUGGGUUAGUUGCAGAAUGCGCAACUGUUAGUUGUACCUUUGGUGGCAUUGCGAAGUGUAUGCUAAGCAUUGGUUAUUCUAUUGUUUUCCAGUUGUUUCCCUUUGGUUCCUGUAAUGCCUAGCACUAGUAUACGCGUUGUCGUCGCUUGGUUACUGAGUGCUCGCUGGUUUUGGGUUGGUUAAAUGACAAAUAUUUUGGAACGCAAAGUUUUCCCUUGACAUGACUUCGUUUAUUAGGUCGUAGUUAGUCAAUAUUUUUUUCAGUGGACACCUCAACAUCGCAAAUGAGCGAGUUCACGACCUCAUGCUUGCUCAUGCACGUCAAAUCAGAUCACCGCUUUUACGCGUGAAGGCGGCCUCUAGCACGGCGUCUCACCGCAGCACCGCAAAGAGCGCCAAUCAAAUCAGGCUGAAUGGAGCGAGAUUGUGACGCAUUAGGGUCGUUACGGGCACCUCUGACCCCGGGCGGUACGGCACGGCUGUUUUCCCAUUGUCAGACAGUGUAAUCCAUGUGAUAGACGCGCUGAACGACAACCACUGCAUGAGAGGCAGAGGAAGUUCAUGGGUCACUGCGCGAAAACUAGGAAAGAGAAAGUAGUCGCCCAUACUAUUUGGCUAGCAAGAGAGAAACGGUUAAACGUUACACAGGCCGACUUUACAGCUUCCACCGUGUGUGCAUCAAGGCCUAGCCAUAAACGUAGAAUAGAAAAUGCUGGUAGAAAGCUAGGAGGUCACGCAAUUAAGGCUUCAUUGCAAUCCAAUUAGCGAAGUGUCGCGAUUCCCCCUCCCCGCCUCGGCUGAGCGGGCCACGUAACUCCAUAUGCCGUGAGUACCCCUCCCCCUGCCUGACACCUGAGCGGGCCGCCGCGGUCGUCGCAUGGAAAGUUACCGGGUGUGUGGACUGUAAAACUGAUAAUGAUUGGCUGUUUUCGACCAAUGGUUUGGGCUGUCUGUCUACUUUUAUUUGGCAGCAAUGUGGAAGCCUGCACUGAACGACCGUUUUUUCCAAUACAGUUCACUACCAGAGGUCCACCCGUUUGUACCGCCGACCGACCGAAUCAGCGUUCGUAACCACCAUUAAUCACAUAAGGUCCUCCGGGCCGGAUGGCUGAUCCUUUUCAGUCAUUUGUUUUUGCUUUUGAUUUCGUUUGUGAGAGUCGAUACCGUCAAGAUUUUGAAGUGCUGUGCUUGUGCGUGAUAUAUCAAGAUGGAGGAGGAGCUGAAAAUCAGGAGCCGUCUGAGAGGUAAAGCCACCCGUCUGAGUAAUGAUUUGAGAGAGUACCGAACGUCUCCCAGUGUUGAUCAGGAUGAUCUUGCAUAUAAGAUCCAUGUGCUGGAGAAAGUCAGGACUGAGUUGAAGGAGGUACAGGUCAUGUUGGAUAAAGCAGAGCUGUUUGACGAUUCCAACCACGAUGAUGUCAUGUCUGAGGAGCUGUUCAAAGCUUCACGUCUGCUCAGUCGCCUCGAAUCUGCCUCAGAUAACCCCAGCCCGGCAGAUAGGGGUUUUGAUGACCAGCAGUUCGACCUGCGCUCGUCGUUGGUGGUCAAGCUGCCUACCUUCGAAGGCGACCUGCUGAAGUGGGCGGAGUUUUGGGAGCUGUUUAAGGUGUCCGUCCACUCCAACAAAAGGUAUGCUGACGUGCAAAAGUUUGUACUGCUUAAGUCUCUGCUGGGAAACGUGCCGAAACAGGUCAUAGAGGGUAUACCCGUGUCGGAAGAGGGAUAUCGUGCGGCUGUGGAUGUUUUGAUACGUCGUUAUGCCAGAGAUGAUGUGAGGCGGGACAUGCUGUUGAAGCAGCUCCUUGAGCUGCCUGGUGUGUCCAAACAUGAUGACUUGAACGCUCUGCACCGCCUGAUUGACCAACUGACCGCUCGUGUACGAGGCCUGGAGGCUCUCGGGGUGACUUCUGACACUUUCUCCAGCAUCCUCUUGCCAGUGGUCAAGGAGAAGCUGCCGGAAGCGUGGCGCCUCGAGUGGGCGCGCGCUCAGACGGCAUCGGCGGCGGACUUCAGCGCCUUUCUCGACUUUCUGCAGCGGGAGAUGGAGGUCCGCGAGCAGGCUGCAGCAGGACCAGCCAAGACGGCAGCUGAUUCACCCAGACCCUCCGGCUACACUGCGGUGAGUGGCCUGGCAGCCAGCCGGGUGAUGUCCCCGGCGAGAGCGCAGGGUCUGAAAGCCACCAGAUCAGCAGCGCGCGCCGGUGAUUGGUUGUGUGUGGCCUGUGGGAGAGCUAAGCAUGGCCUUGCUUCCUGUCAUGCGUACCGAGCUCAAGAUGUUGACACCCGUUGGGAGAUCGUUAGAGCUGCCGGUGUGUGUUACCGCUGUUUGGGUCCUCACUUCGCUCGUGACUGCCGGAGCUCGGACUGUCCACGGUGUGGUGGCCCUCACCACUCCAGCCUUCACAGCUUCAGCACCACUGAGGUGCCCCCGCGACCAGCAGCUCAGUUCGUCGGCCGAGCCGAGCCGUCUCCAGGAGCUGACGGACGGCUAAGACCGCCACCUGCAGACCGCCGAGGUGGCCACCAGCCAGCGCACCCAGCACCACCACCACCACCUGUCGGUCAGCAGUCACAGCGCACAGGUUGGUCACCCACCGCUUCCCGCCAAAUCGUUGCGACUGCUCAGUCCGGGACUGACGCACUCGUAGGACAUGACUCUGUACAAGCGAACGAGCCUGGACGUGUUGGACACGCUAUCCCUCCAUGUGCGUCUGCAAAUGUGGUGCUCGCCACCUCUGCCACCCAGUCGCCUGCCGAUGCUGAUGUGAUGACCGACGCCCUCUGUCUGCCUGAUGACCAGGAGACUCAGACAGCUACCGACCGUCCUGACGCCAGUGGAGGUGUCUGCUUCACCCAGACUGCGCUGGUGGAGGUGACUGGACCCCGCGGCACCUGCAUGCUCAGGGUUCUGAUAGACGGAGGCUCAGACUCGUCCUACAUCCGUACCUCGGCCGCUGAUCUGCUCGGUCUUCCCACGGUGGGGAGCGGCACCUUCGCCUGCAUGGGCUUCCAAGAGCGCGGUGAGGAGCCCCGAGUCUACGAAAAGGUGAGGGUGGCUAUGAGGAGUCGUCACGGUGGGGAGGAGCACCUGUUCGACCUGUGGAAAACCGACCGUCUGUGCUCACUGCCAACCCCUGCCCGACCACCUGCCGUGACCUAUCAACCGCACCUCCUGCUCGCCGAUGACUACCACGGUGGACCUGUGGAUAUUCUGAUCGGUGUUGACCAGAUGUAUAAGGUGCUGAUGUGGAAGCAGAUCCCACUGACUGACCGCCUGCGGGCUGUGGAGACCGUAUUUGGGUACGUUCUUCAUGGCAGAGACGAUGCACCAGUCGCCCCUCCCGCAGCGAAGUACGUGCUCCGCUGCAGUCGUCUCCAGAUCGACUGCAACAGGCUCUGGAGUAUGGAGGCUCUGGGGAUUCAAGUUGAAGAUGAAGAGCGGAAGCAGCCACCGGAACCGACGUGGAACUCGAAGGAGAACAGGUACGAGAUGGGCCUGUUGUGGGCGUCCGACGAGCGUCCCAUCACCAACCUCACGUCCACAGCGGCACGCACCGGGCGCAUGGAGCAGCGCCUGGCACCAGCCCAGCGCCGGGAGUACAGCGAGCACCUGACCGAGCUGCAGCGAGUCGGCGUGAUCGAGACGCCGCCAGACGACGACCGCAGCGGCUUCUACCUACCACACAGAGGCAUCUGGCGUAAUGGGAAGCUGAGAGUUGUGUACGACGGUUCUGCCAGGGACGCAGCCGGCUUUUCUUGCUGGAGGCGGCAGCCUGAGCCGCACCUGUGUGAUAUCUGUCGCCGCGAAGUGCUGCUCUGAUCUAUGUGCGUCGCGUUUAGUUUCUUUGUGAUGUCUGAUGCGCUAGACGUUUGGUUUUCGAAAUCUAUCUCGAUUUCGAGUGGGGAGUAUGUCGCGAUUCCCCCUCCCCGCCUCGGCUGAGCGGGCCACGUAACUCCAUAUGCCGUGAGUACCCCUCCCCCUGCCUGACACCUGAGCGGGCCGCCGCGGUCGUCGCAUGGAAAGUUACCGGGUGUGUGGACUGUAAAACUGAUAAUGAUUGGCUGUUUUCGACCAAUGGUUUGGGCUGUCUGUCUACUUUUAUUUGGCAGCAAUGUGGAAGCCUGCACUGAACGACCGUUUUUUCCAAUACAGUU